UCACCACAUUCCCUCAAGAGCACAAGAACCAGCUUCCCUUACCAGUCAGGUUUGCUCUUCUCAUGUACUCAAAUCCAAUCUCUGCAUAAAGAAAGAAGAAGAAGAGAAAAUGGCCUGUCAGUUGAGCCAAGGUAAAAACAACAGUUUCUUUCAGAGAUGCAAACCUUACAUCGCCAUGAUCUCCCUUCAAUUCGGUUACGCUGGCAUGAACGUCAUCACCAAAGUCUCACUCAACCAUGGAAUGAGCCACUAUGUACUAGUUGUUUAUCGUCAUGCUUUCGCUACUCUCUCCAUCGCCCCAUUCGCUCUCUUCCUCGAAAGAAAAGUUAGACCUAAAAUCACAUUCACCAUGUUCCUGCAAAUAUUUGUGCUGGCCUUGCUUGGACCAGUGAUAGACCAGAACUUCUACUAUGCCGGGCUAAAGUUUACUUCCCCAACCUUCUCCUGUGCCAUGAGCAACAUGCUUCCUGCCAUGACUUUCGUCAUGGCAGUGAUCUGCAGGAUGGAGAAGCUGAACCUCAAGAAGGUGAUAUAUCAAGCUAAGGUUGUUGGGACUGUUGUGACUGUAGUUGGGGCGAUGAUGAUGACACUCUACAAGGGUCCUCUUGUGGAGCUGUUUUGGACGAAGUACAUUCAUACUCAACAAUCAGCCCCUGCACCAGCUGCCGCCAUGGCUGCCGAUAAGGGUUGGGUUAAAGUCCUUCUCAUCAUAGCUACCUUUGCAUGGGCUUCUCUUUUCAUUCUCCAGGCUGCAACGCUGAAGAAGUAUACUGCGCAGCUCACCCUCACCUCAUUGAUUUGCUUUAAGGAAAUUGAUAUUUGGCAGAGGCCCAAAUAUUAA